AUGCGGCUCUCAAGCGGCAGCCACCGGCUGCAGCGCAGUGACCACGCGUGCAGCGUACCUCAGCGGCCGUCCAUCCCGCAGGCGGCGCCACGCUUCGUGGCAGCAGCGGCAGCGGCGGCGCGCGGCCCGGCCUGCGGCGCCACCACCAGCAGCAGCUGCAGCCCCGCCACCGCAGCCACGGCGCCUCCAUCCUCUCAGCAGCAGCAGUUCCAGAUUUCCAGCCUUCACCAGCAGCAGCAGCACCGGCGGCGGCGGCAGCCCUCGUGGAUCGCGCGCGACGCCGCGGCGCUCGCGUCCGCCUCGAUCGACGAGGACCUCGGCCCCUCCUCCAUCGGCCCCGACGCCGCCCAGAUCAUCGCCUACGCGAUGCAGAUCGCGUGGACCGGGGAGACGUACGAGGUGCACGCGUGGAUGCUGCUGCUCGGCCUGCUGAAAGACGAGGGCUGCGCCGGCGCCAAGGCGCUGCAGCGCCUGGGCAUCACGGACCUCUAUGGCGCCUGGCACGAGGUCCUCUGGGCCCUCAACGUCUCAAACGGCCUCGAGCCGCGCGCGGCGUCGGCGCAGCUGAGCUGGGCGCCGGGCGCGUACAAGGUGCUCAACGGCGCGGCCCGCUUCGCCGGCUGGGCGGGGCGCGACAAGGUCGCGUCGCAGGACAUCCUGCUCGCCCUUGGCGCGGCCGGCAGCCUGGAGCACCUGUUCCCGGACAUCGCCGCCGACUUUGACACCGUGCGGCGCGCGGUGGGGGAGGAGACCGGCGACAGGUACAGGCUGCCCGGGGAGGACCCCAAGGACGCGGCCACCAAGAACCAGGACUUGUUCCUGUGA